ACUCCAAGAUGCGUCAUGUGACGGACAGACAGACUCUUAAAUUCCAGUAUGGUGCCUUCACUGUCCUGGUUUUCCACAGUGUUGUCUUCCUCGCCGUGAUUCACUCAUGUAGCGGUCAGUCCGAUGUCAUCGGUCCAUCUCAGCCAAUAGUGGCAAUAGUUGGUGAUGACGUCAUCCUGCCGUGUCACCUGGUCCCCGUCAUGAAUGCUUUCGUCAUGACUGUGGAGUGGGCGAGACCAGACCUGGACCCCAGGUUUGUCCUGUUGUGGCGUGUCGGCGUGGAGCUGGCGAGUAAAAAACACCCGGCCUACAGAGGAAGAACGUCUCUGUUUACCGACCGACUGAAGCACGGAGACGUCUCGCUGAACCUCUCCUCUGUGAGAUUAUCUGAUGAGGGAAGAUACAGAUGCUUCAUCCCAAAAUUAAAUAAGUCUCCUACUAUUCAGCUUGUUGUCGGUGCUGUCUCCUCGCCCGUCAUCCUGGUGACAGAAAGCAGCAGUGGCGGCGUGUUGUUACAGUGCGAGGCCAAAGGCUGGUAUCCAGAGCCUGAGGUGGUGUGGCUGGACGGAGAGGGAAACCCCGUCCCUGCUGGACCUGCAGAGACUCUCAGGGGUCCUGAUGACCUCUACACUGUGAGCAGCAAACUGACUGUGGAGAAGAGACACAGCAACUUCACCUGCAGAGUCCAGCAGAAGACCAUCAACCAGACCAGAGAGACACACGUCCAGGUUGCAGAUCAAUCCUUCAUGCUCCCUAGAACUCCCGGUACUCCCGGUACCCGGUACUCCUGGUACUUCUGGUUCUUCUGA